CGACAGGCCGUGAAGGCAGCAGCGGCACAGACGUGGCCGUGGUGCAGCUGCUGCGUUCAAGUGUCGCAGUGUCCUGUACGGAGGCAGAGAGGGCGAAGUUUCACUCUCUGCAUUGCAGCCUGGGCGCUGCUGCCGGAAUCCAAUACAACAAUGGCGACUCCCAGACCUGACAGCAACUCCACCAGCUCCAGCAACAGCAGCAACAUUGUUGGAUCCACGUCACACCAUUUCCACCAACAGACACAGAGCAGCAGCAUGCAAGAAACCAACAGCUGCUGGAGAUGUCAGAAUGAAACAGGGUUUCAGAUAAGCCUGUCUGCAGUUUCCCAAAGACCUGGAUUUGUGUCUCUCUCUCACCGCACAGGUAAACGUAAAGCUCUCAAGCUGAACUUCGCAAACCCUCCAGUGAAACCGACUUCCAGGCUCCCCAUCAACCCGACACCCCCGUCUUUCCAGAACCCACACAUAGAGCGUCUGCGGACGCACAGCAUCGAGUCGUCGGGGAAGCUGAAGAUUUCUCCGGAGCAGCACUGCGACUUCACGGCCGAGGACCUGAGAGACCUCGGGGAGAUCGGUCGGGGAGCGUACGGCUCUGUCAACAAGAUGGUCCACAAACCUACGGGACAGAUCAUGGCUGUAAAGAGGAUUCGUUCGACUGUGGACGAGAAGGAGCAGAAGCAGCUGCUGAUGGAUCUGGACGUGGUGAUGAGGAGCAGUGACUGUCCCUACAUCGUCCAGUUCUACGGAGCGCUGUUCAGAGAGGGCGACUGUUGGAUCUGUAUGGAGCUCAUGUCUACCUCAUUAGACAAAUUCUACAAAUAUGUAUAUUGUGCAUUAGAUGACGUCAUUCCAGAGGAAAUAUUAGGAAAAAUAACGUUAGCCACGGUUAAAGCACUGAACCACUUAAAAGAAAACUUGAAAAUAAUCCACAGAGACAUCAAACCUUCCAACAUUCUCAUGGACCGACGGGGGAACAUAAAGCUGUGUGACUUCGGUAUCAGCGGUCAGCUGGUCGACUCCAUAGCAAAAACCAGAGACGCAGGCUGCAGGCCGUACAUGGCGCCUGAGAGGAUAGACCCGAGCGCUUCCAGGCAGGGCUAUGAUGUCCGCUCCGAUGUCUGGAGUCUGGGAAUCACUCUGUACGAGCUGGCCACAGGGCGGUUCCCGUACCCGAAGUGGAACAGUGUUUUUGAUCAGCUGACUCAGGUGGUGAAAGGUGAACCGCCGCAGCUCACCAACUCAGAGGAGAGACAGUUCUCCCCAAAGUUCAUCAACUUUGUUAACCUAUGCCUUACAAAGGAUGAAUCUAAAAGGCCAAAGUACAGGGAGCUUCUGAAACAUCCCUUCAUUCUGAUAUACGAGGAGCGCUUCGUGGACGUCGCCUCCUACGUGUGUCGCAUCCUGGAUCAGUUCCCCCCCUCACCUAUCUCUCCCAUGUACGUCGACUGAUGGAGAUAAGCUGGGGAGGGGAGGGGGGAGGGGUCUCGGGGGUAAACACACUAAGCUUUGUGAUGCAACGCUCGACAUGUUAGCCCUCAGAGUCACGUAGUUUAUUUACACGUUCCAAAGAACAGAGGAACUCCAAAUUGCCCGGUGCAAUGAGAUAAAUAUAAACCUGUCCACCUCCUGUCACCUCAUUCAAGUAAAAAAAAGAUCAUCCAUCUUCACCAAGAAAAACUUGAAGACAUAACUUUGUCUUAGGAAAAUGCAUCUUUCAUGUGAGCAGAUAGAAAACAUAUAGGUAUAAAUAUAUUUACUUGAAGUCAAUGUACACAGAAACAGAAUCUACCAAAUAAAAUGUUGAACAGUGACACAGAACAAAAAAAAACACCUGUUGGAUUGUACAUGUGGACUGUAUGUUUGCUAAUGUGUGUGUUCACCUCUGAAAUGUACAGAUGUAUGCAGAUAGACCUAAACACACACACACACACACACACACACACACACACACACACACACACACACACACACACACACACACACACACACACAAAGUUUGUGUGCACCUUCACUCAUGAUAAAGACGAGUAUGCAAAGUGUUUCUCUGUGGAGAGCUCAUGGAUUCGGUAGCGUGGCUUUAUUCUUUAUUUUUUUGUUUAUUUGUUUUCAGUUUUUUGUCAAUAUGCAAUCUGCGAGAGUUUGUUUCAGCUCAUGAUCGGGACAGAAACAUUUCUCACAACCAGCGUCAGCUUCAGUUUGUGCAUUUUUUUUUAAUCAUUACAUGAGAGUCACAGAGCUAAAGAUCGGUGUCUUUAAACGUAAUCUUUGAGAAGUCAUUUCACAAGACAUGUCACAGCUAUGAAGAUAUUUGCUGAAUCUGAAUUUUUAGAAUGAGCAGUACUGACCAAUCAGGUGUCAACAGGCUUUAGUGUCUGCAGGAAAAACAGUCUGUAUGGAGAGCAAAAGCAGGAGGAACACAAUCCAGCAUAAUGACAUCCCAGUUCCCAUUGUUGGUAAUCUGAGAAUGAUUAAUUUCUCUCUAUAAACAGAUAUCUGCAUGAAGAGCAGUUAACAAUCUGUUCUAGAUCAAACAUUUACACUGAGACACAACUCUACUUGAUGCUGAGUCACUAAAGACAAUCAGCGUUUAGGUUUCCUGACUACCUGGAAUGCAUCAGAAAUGAUGGAUCCCACCUCCAUUCAAUCUACAAACAUUAGAAAAGUAGUUCUCUCCUCUGGAGGACUUGGCUGACAUUACAAAAAAAUAGCUUGGAGAUAUUUUCCAGUUAGCAUUUACGUCUCUGUUUGAAAUGCAAAAUUAAGUCCAAAUAUGGAAGCAGAUCAAGCCCCCUAAAAACAGAAUAUUUUUCAGAGAAUCUCUCAGUGUAAUAGAAAUAUAAUUAUAGGCAGUCCAAGUCUUGUUACGUGGUCUUCAGGGUUUUUCAAGGAAUAUUUUAAGAAAACGUUUUUUUACUUUGCGACACAGAUGUGAUAACAUCAGAUAAAAGGCACAAACUGGGGCUGACUUGAUGCUACAUUGCCUGAUGUAAAGUUACUUUAGGACCUCGUGUCCUCUGAUGUAAAUGUGUUUGUAUAUAGAACAUCUAAUCUGCUGUUUCUGGCAGGCUCUGAUUCACUGUUAAGGCUCGUUUUUAAACUCAGGCCAUUAAAUUCAAUGUUUAUGAUUUUUAGGAAGAGUAUUAGAUCCUGAGUGUCUUUAUUUUGCAUUUUGAGAAUAAAAAGGAUUUUACAAUGAAAGAGCCAGGUAUGAGACAGUGUUACAUCUGAGAUAUAGUGCCACUGUGAAGAAGACACUCUGGGUUUAAAGGAUAAAGUUGUCAUUUUUAUGGGAGAAAAGGUGUCAUUUUAGGCUUUUUUAGCCUUUAUUUUGAUGGUGAAUGCUUUGAAAUGAGGAAUGUGGAGCCGAAGGUGCAGUUCACAAAAAAGGAAAUGCUUUAUUUUUUCAGCACCAACAUGUAAUGAGCAUUCUUUAUUCUUACAAUAUUAUGGUUCAAUUUGUGUAAAAGUACUACUUUACUCUAAAGUAAAUUCAAUUGAAUGAAGUCAUAAUCUGGAAAAUAGUUUAAGUUUAGUUUUGCAACCUUGUUCUCGUAAAACUACGACUUUAUUCUUACAAGAUUCAGACUUAAUUCUCAUGAAAUUAAAGUUCAGUGUUUGAAAAUCACAACUACAUUCUUGAAAAUUACAUCAAACUUCAUUGUCAUGAAUGUAUGAUUUAUUUAGAAUAAAGCAAACGUGAUUUUACAACUUAGUUCUUUAAAUCAAAGAUCUUCUCUUAGUUAUUACUCCGUUGUUAAUCUAAAUCAGAGACGUAAGGUUUUUUGUAUGAAGUUUUACAGUAUUCACAUUUUACUUUAUUGUCAAAAUGCAAAAUAAAAGUAACGUUUGAUACUCUCCUGUAUAUUUGGGUGCUUUCUGCAGAAUGAAAAUGUUUACUCUGUAUACCUUUAGACUUUAAAUAUUAGCCUUAAAGCUCCUCAGCAGCCCGUCAAAGCACUGUACAGUUAAACCGCUCAUCCACACUGAUCACAGAUCCACCGUGCUGCCCUCUAAAGGCAAACAGUAGAAAAUACACUUUGAAAAAGUUCCUGUGAGGACUUUAUGAAAAUGUCACACAUGAUGCUGCUAAACGUCACGUCCACGCCUGUAGAGGAGGAAGAUCUCUCCUCACUUAGUUUCUGCUUUUGACGCCUAAAGGCCACCAUGACUCAGCAUGUUUGUCCUUGACUCAGCAUGUUUCUCAUGUUUGCACUGAUGAUAGAAUGUUUCCCACGUGUUACACCUGGGAUGCAUCUCAUUAAGUCUCCCUUCGGGGCAGGUAAAGGAGGCGACAACGUGAGACCAUAGUGCGACCAAGCUUCAGUCGUUCUUUCUCAGAGAGCCACGAGUAAGGUUUAGGAAACAACUGAAAACUAGCCACUGAACCAAACUGUCUGUACUGAUGGUGGUCCUUAAAACCAAGAAUGUUGUAUGGGAUGACUUUAUACAUGUUUUUUUCCCCAACAUAUCCCUUCAAUUUGCAAAAUAAAUCAUGCCAGCCUUGUCCUAAACCCACCAAAUAAAUAAAGGCAAUUUAUUGAAGUAUAAUACACAAACUAAGCCGAUAGUAUCUCAGAGUAAAAUAAAUCAGCUGCUGACUUUCCUUUAUAAGAUAUCAGGUGAAAACAAUUUAAGUAGUAUUAUUAAGUAUUGAGCUUAAAACAGAAGAAACAAUAGUUAGACUGAUGUCACAGUUUAAUUUUGUAUGGUUCUAUUCAGCUUUUUAUCACAAUAUACACUCAAUUACAUAGAGUCAUUGAAUUAGUGGGAUUUUCUGCUCUGAAAAGACCACUUAGGUGUUUUAGAUAAAGUGGUUUGGGUUCAUUGGCACCAUUAAGAGACUAACUAUUUAAAAACUUGUUAAAACUUGAUCCAGUCCAGACAAAGAUUUGUUGAAUUUCAAGCCCUAGAGUGGGUGAAAGUGUUCUGGCAUAUUUGGACCAUAAGCAAACCCUUAUUUCUGAUGGUGUAAUGAAAUAGCCAAGUCAGUGCAUCGACAAAGUAGACACAAUAAUCCACUAUAAUAUACACCAUCGUGUGUUCAAACCUUUCAAUAUUUCCUGGUCGAAGGGAUAAUGUUUGUUGUCUUGCAGAUAGACCCGACAACAGUCGUGUUCAGUCCUUUUCCGUAUCAGCAUCCCAAUGUAGUUAUUUCAGCAUAUUUUCCGUUGAUCUUUUUUAAAUCACAGCCAAAUCUGUUAUUUUGGAGUUUGUGGUUGGACAGAUUUCAUCAGACUUUAGUGUGACUUGCUAGAAACAGUGAAACUUAGACUCAGCAGAGGCAGAUGAACAGAUACUUUGAAGAAACAUAUUCCCAGCUCCAUAAGCCUCCAUAAAAUGUUAGUAUUCUAAAUUAUCUAGAAGGGUGUACUCUGCCAGGUUGUGUUUUACCAACUCAAACAGAAAAGAUCCUGUGGUAAAACUUGUGUAAGUAAUGCAGGCAGAAAUGUGCUUUGCCUUUUGUCUGGAUAUAGCUCAAAACCCCAAAAAUCCUUCUUAAGACGUCAUAAAUUCUUCCUUACCUCUCCAAAAAACAAAAAAUGACUAUUCAGAGACCAAAUAGUAAUCAUCAUUACUUAGAUUCUCAUAGAAGUGUCAGUUAAGCUAAAUUUAAAGUACUAUAACGUCCUCUACAGAUGUCCGCCAUAUUGGAAAAUGGCCAUCAUCAGCUGGGAGUUUGGAGUCCAAACCUGUGGCUUAUUAUGGGAGGGGGGUCAAAGGUAACAUCCAGGUUGGAGGAGAUGCAGAGUAGAUCAGACAUAAUUCUUUAUCUUCAGAGAGUCAUGUCGGUCCUGGUCUUUACGUUCUAUCUGUGACGUGAAAUGGUGCAAACACAACAAGGCCACGACAGUGUCCGCAUCUGUUCUUCACUCGUUGGAUACAAGAAGCUAACUUACCGCUGGUGAACAUGAGUCUCCAGGGUACAUGUUGUAAAAAUUGCAAUUUACUAGAAUGUUCAUAUUAGAUUAUAAGAUAAUAUUAAGGGCGAUGAAUAUUAUAUUGUAUCUUUACCAAGGGUUACAAAUAAAGUUCCUGUGGAAAAGAUUAAA